AUGACCACCAAGAUUCACUCCUGGAGCUCUGCUUUGACUUGGUGGAAUUACCAGGCGAACGAGUCUGACCCAGACGAGCAGCAUUAUGGAGAUUAUGUGAUGGAUUUCAUCGCAGAUUCCACUGCUGCAGGAGAUAGCUGUCUGUCUGAACUUCUCCCAUUUCAGGGGUGUGUUAUACCCCCUCUGACCCCUCAGAGGGAUUUCUCUCCAGAGGACAGCAUGGUUCAAUCCUCCACAGAAAAAACAGAGGAUGGAGUUUCAUGGAGGAGUGUUGCAGAGUGCCAGGGAAGGGCUCUUGGAGACUCAAUGGCCAUCAACAAACAGCUCCAGGAGAGUCUUCACAAGCGACAAGAACUGGACUCCCUUCAGGAAAGAAACCUGCACCUCAAGCAACUGGCGAGUCGAGCAAAACACCUCGCCUCAGUCCUUGAAAGAUUCAUGACAGUCAGAGAUUCUCAUGCUGGAGAACCGGAGGUACCAAGCUCUGAAAACACCUCUCUGAGUCCCUGCAAGAGGCAGCGCCUGGAUGAAGGCUAUGAAACUGAGUCCUCUGACUCGGUGGAGGACAUGCUGAGGGACAUCAGCACACGCUGCAACGCUGUGCUGCUCAGCAACGCUGCAGGAUCACCACAGGAGUCCGAGUCGAUACGCAUGUAUGGCGCAUUCUCAAGUUUGCAGAUGUCCACUCCCAACAGCAACAGCACUGCGAUUGUUGAUGCACCGGAGGCUGCAGAAGAUGCCUCAUCCUUCAGGACCUCCGUCAGAGAACACGGCACCAUUCGGACUCAGGUGUUUCCUCAUGGGCAUGCGUUUACAUCAAGGACCCUGCAGGGGGGGUACCGUUUCCGCUGGGUCCCCAACCACAGCUGAAGUGACAGACUGCCACAGGGGCUCUCGUGAUGAAGGUGCCAUAAAUCUGAGAGAGAAGUGGGUGGGCAGCAGCUGCUAAUGCUUAACUCCUAAUCUAUAGUGGUAUCUGUAAAUGAUUAAGUGAUGUCUUCCUCAGGUAGCUUGUGAGCUAUCAGUCAAAAGUGGUGCUUUGAGGAAUUAAGACUGCCCUCUCUGCUGUUUACAUUCGGUUUUUGUUUACACGCCUCGAGAUAUGAGGAAUUUUGAAUUCA